UCCCUUUCCCACAGAUGCUGCCUAACCCGGUAGUAGGGGAAUGCUGGGGGCGGGAAGGAGUGCAGCUUGUGAAUGGAGUGGGGUGGGUGUUACUGAAACAUCUGAAUUAAACGUAAGGGCUGGGAUUGGAGUUGAAAGACCUGCUGUUCACGGGGUGCCUUUAGUUGCAGCUUCGCGGUGAACGGGGGUGGGGGUGGUGUGAACCGGCUCACAGUACUGCGUCUGUACGGCUAUCUUGGCGCUGACGCAGAGAGCAGAGUGGAAGCCAAUUGGUCGGUUUAUUUCAUUGACAGGCAAUUGCUGAAUGGUUUGAGAGCAUAAUAAAAGGUCGGCACAGCAUCUUGGGCCAAAGGGCUGUAAUGUACUAUGCUCUGCUGCUUGUGCACAAUUCCUUGAUGCUAUUUGCUUACGUGGACUGAGAUUUUUGGCCAGCUUUCUCUUUAAUAAUCCUGCCCUUCUGCCAGCACCCCAACCACUAUUAAACCCCGGUGUUUCCUAGUAGAACUGCAACAGUUCUGGAAGGUUGCUUCCCACUGGUGGUUUCUGUGAGGUCAGACCACGUCCAGAUCCUAAAAGAUUAAUAAAUAACGAAAUAAUGAUCCCAUCCAGUUUGUAAGAAGUCUGUAAGUCAGGUUAUUAAAGCAACAAAAUAUCACGAAGUGGUCAAGACUGGUCCUUAUGAUAACAGAGCAACACACACAAAAUACUGGAGGAACUCAGCAGGUUAGGCAGCAUCUGUGCAGAGGAAUUAACAGUGAACAUCUGGGCCGAGGUCUUGCAUCAGGACUGGAUAAGAAGGAAGAAGAAGCCAGAACAAGAAGGAAGCUGGCAGGUGUUGGAAGAGGAGAAUUAACAAAUGGUGAGACUUCAAAUCACUUCCAAAAUCACACCUCUGAAUUUCAUUGGGAUCUGAGUAUCAUCGUGUUAAACGUGGAAGGAAAAAAUGUACGUCUAUGUUGCCACUAAGAAAACAUUUUAAAUAUCAACGUGACUGGAAAAGUGUCAGGACUACAGAAGAGUGUUCCAAUGCAGGUGCGGGGGAAGAAGUUUUAACACUUACACACCUGAGGAAACACUACCCGCUUUCAUAGUGGAGAAAAGCCAGUGUGUGUGAAAAGUUGUGUGUCGCUGGGAUGUGAACUGAUCAUUCAUCAUGGAGAAGCACACCGAUACUUGCAGCAGGAAGAAGCCCUGGAAAUGUGGGGACUGUGGAAAGGGUUACAAUUCGCCUUCUCAGCUGGAAAUUCAUCGACGCAGUCACACUGGGGAGAGGCCCUUCGUCUGCCCAGAGUGUGGGAAGGGGUUCGCUCAGUCCGACAGCCUCGUGGUACACCGGCGACUUCACACCAACGAAAAACCAUUCAGUUGCUCUCACUGUGGAAAGAAGUUCCGGUCUUCAUCCAACCUCAUCGAGCACCAACGAGUUCAUACCGGGGAGAAACCGUUCACCUGCUCUGAGUGUGGGAAGGGAUUCACUUGCUCUUCACAUCUCACAGAUCACAAGCGUCGUCACACAGGAGAGAAGCCAUUUGUCUGUUCUCUGUGUGGGAAAGGAUUCACUAAAUCAUCCCACCAUCUCAGCCACCAGCGACUUCACACAACCGAGAGACCGUUCAUCUGCUCCGUUUGUGAAAAGGGAUUCACUAGUUCAUCUCAGCUUCUGAUUCACCAGCGAAUUCACAGCAAAGAGAAGCCUUUCAGUUGCUCUGUGUGUGGGAAAUGCUUCACAUGCUCAACAAACCUCACUGCACACAGUCGUGUUCACAAUGAAAACAGGCCUUAUAAAUGUUCUGACUGUGAGAAGAGCUUUAAAACCGGAAGAGAUCUGAUGUACCACCAACGUAUUCACACUGGGGAAAAGCCUUUCACGUGCACUGAAUGUGGAAAGGGCUUCGCUCGUACAUCUGCCUUGCGAAAACACCAGAAAAUUCACCAAUGACUUGUGAUAGUGAACCAUUUGCUUUGUUAGGGCGUCAGAUAUUAAUGUGUAGCUGACUCAGGAUUAAGUUUAAGAAAGAGAAAGAAUAUAAUCGGUGUUUCUAAUUACAUUCUAAUGAGAUAAAUGAAUAAAAAAGGUAAUUGUUUUGCUCAGGUAACAUGCACUCGUAAGUAAAUGAAUCCAGCCCAUGAAUUAUUGUUAAAGGGAAAGGUGGAUGAUUAGUGGA